GUUUGGCAAGCAUCGAAAAGAUGACAAGAUUGAGAAAACUGGUAGAAUAAAACUCCCGGACUCCUUUACGUCAGAAGAGGAGAGGAAGCGGAUGAAGCAGGAGCAGGAGAGGAUCCAAGCAAAAACUCGAGAAUUUCGGGAGCGCCAGGCUCGAGAGCGUGAUUAUGCUGAAAUCCAAGAUUAUCACCGGACAUUUGGCUGUGAUGACGAGUUGAUGUACGGGGGAAUGUCUUCCUAUGAAGGUUCCGUGGCUCUCAACACCAGACCCCAGAGCCCAAGAGAAGGGCACAUGAUGGAUGCUUUGUACGCCCAAGUGAAGAAGCCGCGGAAUUCCAAACCUUUACCUGCAGACAGCAACCGAUCAGCUCCUAGCAACCAUGAUCGGAUACAGCGUCUGCGGCAGGAGUUUCAGCAAGCCAAGCAGGAUGAAGAUGUGGAAGAUCGGCGACGCACCUACAGCUUCGAACAACCCUGGCCCAGCUCCAGGCCAGCAGCACAGAGCGGCCGGCACUCGGUGUCCGUGGAGGUUCAAGUGCAGCGGCAGCGGCAGGAGGAGCGUGAGAGCUUCCAGCAGGCCCAACGCCAGUACAGCUCACUGCCCAGGCAAAGCAGGAAGAAUGCCAGCUCUGCCUCCCAGGAGUCCUGGGAGCAAAGCUGCCCCCCUGGCGAAGGCUUCCAGAGUGCCAAGGAGAACCCCAGGUACUCCAGCUACCAGGGAUCCAGAAACGGCUACCUGGGUGGUCAUGGCUUCAACGCAAGGGUCAUGCUGGAGACCCAGGAGCUCCUGCGCCAGGAACAGAGGCGGAAGGAGCAGCAGAUGAAGAAGCUGCCCCCUCCCGAGGGGCCCAGCAACUAUGACUCAUAUAAGAAAGUGCAGGACCCCAACUACCCCCCUCCCAAGGGGCCCUUCCGGCAAGAUGUGCCCCCAUCCCCUUCUCAGGUUGCCAGGCUGAACAGACUCCAGACACCCGAGAAGGGGAGGCCCUUCUACUCCUGAGCACGAGGACAACGGAGCUUCAUGUCACGCAAUAAAGGACAUUUUCCUAUGAA